AUGACUGCAUUGCAUUCCUCAUGUGCUAACGACCACGUCGAAGUUUCCAAACUUCUUCUUGAAUGUGGUGCUGAAAUAAACGCUCAGGACGACGACGGAGAAACUCCUUUGCACUAUGCUUGUCGUUCUCAAAACAUUGAAGCUGUUAAACUUUUGAUACAGUAUGGAGCUGUGGUGUGUUCAAAAGAAAAAUUGGAGGUAACUCCACUGCACAUUGCGUGUUGUGUAGGAAACAUCGAAAUCGCCAAAAUUCUCUUGAAAAAGAAUGCAGAUGUUAAUGCCAAAAAUGCUGAUGGGGAUACUCCACUGCACUGUGCAAUUCAAUAUAACCACGUCAAUACAGCCAGAUUUCUAAUUGAAUGUGGGGCUGAAGUCAAUGCUCACAAUGCUAACAGAAAAACCCCAUUACACUAUGCAGCUCAUUAUGACCAUCCUCGUGCUGCCGACCUAUUGCUGCAAUGUAGAGCUCGAGUAGACGAACAAGACAACGAAGGGGCCACUCCUUUGUUCUGGGCGAGCAGCCUUGGAAACGAUAGAGUAGCAAGAGUUCUUAUCCGUCAUAAUGCCGAUAGAAGUGUUUUAAUCAACGCUCAGAGCAGUAUGCCGUACACAGGAAGCGCUUACAAUUACAAUGAAAAUUUCCCGUACUCAGCGAGAACAAACUACAGUAGUGUCAACUAUCAGCAGAACAUGAAUGGGACUGGACAACGCAUCGCAAUGAAUUCAGCCCAAACGCAUUUGCCUUAUCAGUCAAACAGCGCUCAGCCAAGAGGCUUUUACGAUAACUAG